AUGCAUUUAUCCUUUUGCGUAUCGGUGGCUCUGGGUGUGGUGCCGCUGCGGAGUUGGUCAAUGAUACAUACCGUCCUGAGCUCAACGUUACUCCUUUGCAUCUGGAAAGAAACACGGAAUGAUCCGGAAUGUCGGGACUUGCAAAAGAGUGUCAUUGACGUGUUCUCCUCAUUGGACUCUCGGACAACAGAUGAGGGGGACUUAGAGCCAGAUAAUGGCAGCCAGUGGCUAUCUGCCCGUCAUAUUCUUGCCUUGAUCACUUUACGUGCGGCUUUAGGUCGACAGCAACCCAACAGUGCUUCCAAGAAUGAAGCCCUGGAAAUCCCAGGUCUUAACGGUGGGACCUUGGGACCCUGGUGA